AUGCAGCAACGUCCUAGUAGUGAAACACAAAUAGUCGUAAGCGAUCUUCACCAAACUGUCACUGAAUCUGACCUUUACCAACAAGCCUCACAAUAUGGCCAAGUUGCAUACAUUAGAGUUCUCAGGCAUAUUGACACAAAAUCGUCUCUUGGAGUCGCAUUUAUCAAUUUUAUUGAUGCUGCUUCCGUGGAGCGGGCGAGAAACGAGAUGAAUGGGCUGCUCUUCAAAGGCAGAGUCAUCAGAGCGAUGAAAUUUAAUAAAGAACGUGACCCUGAAGCAAACAUUUUUGUCAAAAAUAUCAACGAAAAUGUCACUUACAAGGAGCUUGAAAGUCACUUCAAGGGUUAUGGAAACAUUUUGUCUUCUAAGAUCAGCUGAGGUGCUAUUUUUUUACAAUUAUUUUUUAAAUAAUAAAUAAUUCUAUUUUUCUAAAUAAAAUGGACCAAAUCAGCUACGACGAAAACGGAAAUUCCAAAAAAUACGGAUUCGUUCAGUUCGAUAAGCGUGAAGCAGCUCAAGCAGCAAUCGCUAAUGCAAAUGGAUCAGUACUGAGAGGAAGCGAAUUGCAAGUAGCCAAGUUUAUUCCAAUCAGCAGCAGAAUAAUCUCUGCCAACAACAACCUAUACGUAAGAGGCUUUGGCGCUGAUAUGACCGCUGAACGAUUCCACGCCAUUUUCUCAUCCUUCGGCGAAAUCACUUCACACGUCAUUCUGUCCAACAAAGCCAAAGACGGCACUGAGAGAUACUUCGGCUUCGUCUGCUUUGCCACCCCAGAAAACGCCGCAAGCGCUUUGCAAGCCUUAAAUGGGAAAUCAGACAAUGGCUUCACCUGGUACAUUGCAGUCCACAUGAACAAGAAAAAGCGUUUAGCUUUGCUGAGACAAGAAAAUGCGAAAAAACAAGAAGACUGGAAACGAAGAAAUAUCUAUAUAAGAGGACUUCCACUUAACAUUGACGAAGAAAAACUGCGAAAACUCUUCCAAGAAUUCGGAGAAAUCGAGUCUAUAAGGAUUCCAAAAGUUGAAAACAUCAGGUACCAAAACUCAGAAAUGAUCAAAGAAUUUACUGUAAAAGGCGUCGCCUAUAUUCUUUUCGCCCAACCUCAGAGCGCUAUAAGGGCUGUACAAGGGAUGAGGGAUAAAUCAGUAGAAGAGAAAAAGCUGUUCGUGAAUCUUUGGAAGCCAAGGGAAGAAAUUGCGAAAGCGAUUAACAUCUCUAAGAUGAAGAAGAUGCAGAGCUUCAUGUUUGAUUAUGGAAUGAUGCCUGGACCAAUGAUGGGAGGCAGAGGAAGACAGCAGCCAAGAGCUAUGCCUGGAAGAGGAUGGGCAGGACCUCAACAAAUGGGGAGAGGAAAGCCAGCGUUCCCACCCCAAGGCUUCCCUCCACAACCAUUCCCUCAGCAGCCAGUUUACCCUCCUCAAGCAGCUUUCCCUCCUCAACAAGUAGCACAGCCACCACCAGUCCCAUUGAACUUCGACAUCAAGACCUAUGAAAGUGCUCCACCAGAAUUCAAGAAAAGAAUGCUAGGAGAAGCAUUAUACCCUGUGGUGCUGAAGAAUUCGAACCAAAAGAUUGCAGGGAAGAUCACUGGUAUGCUUUUGGAGAUGGAAAAUGAAGAACUUUUAUCGUUAUUGACUAACCCAGACGGAUUGAAACUUAAAGUUGGAGAAGCAAUUGAUGUACUGAGAAGAGCUUGGGAAGGUGACAAUGAAAACUUGAAGCUUAUUGAAGGUUAG